AAAAAUAGGUUUCUACCUGUAAAUCCCUGAAGCAUUAACACAUAAACUUUUUAAUUAACAAGAAUUUUGUAGUUCUUGGCAUAUAAAUAGAAUUAAAAUCUCCAUGCAAAUGCUCUUUAUGUUGCCUUGCCUCCGUGUUAAUACCAUACCAGUAAUCACACAGGUGGAAUGUAAUGGUAAUGUGAAGCUGAAUAACACAUACUGUGAAAUGAAAGCAAGGGAUGCUUCACUAAUGCUGACUUUCAUGUGCAUGGUAUGAACAUAUGGUUGAGUGUGGAAGAGAAUGAAAUAGCUGUUAGUGUUAUGGUGGGAUUUGUUUUCCAUACUUAGGAUAAUCUACUGAUCUCGCACUGGUUUUUUUAUAUCGCUAAAGGUUUGUAGAGAGAGAAUCAAAUCUGUGAAAUCAACCUAUGUGAGCUUGUGAUCCUGGUGACACAGCCAUUUCAUAUUGAGCUUGUUGCAGCUGCCACCAAUCCUACUUAUGAACAGAAAUCUUCUGGAAUCUUCACCUGAUCAUUUCACCUGAUACCUGGUUUAUGAAGACUGAGAUACUGUUGAAUGUCUUGCCGUGCUAACUCGGAAAAAAAUGUACCGUGUAUAGUAUAUUAUGUCUAAAAGUGAAAUUAAAGCUCUUAGUGAAGAUGCUAUUUUAAUUUUCAGGUUCGCUGGAUGAUGUACUGGAUUGUGUGUGCUCUUUAUAUAGUUACUGAAACGAUAACUGACCUAACAGUCUCUUGGUUUCCACUGUACUAUGAAUUGAAGAUAGCUUUUGUUACCUGGCUCCUUUCCCCAUAUACUAGAGGGACAAGUUUAAUCUACAGAAAAUUCCUCCACCCACUGCUUUCUUCUAAAGAAAGGGAGAUUGAUGAGUACAUUGUCCAAGCCAAAGAAAGAGGCUAUGAGGCCAUGGUGAAUUUUGGAAGGCAGGAGUUGAAUUUGGCAGCAACUGCUGCAGUGACAGCAGCUGUAAAGGUAAGUUUCUGCUUGCAUUAAUUGCUUUUGAGCUUGAUAUCAAACAGUGUCAUUGCACUGGGGAUUUACCACUCUUAUAUAAAAAAGAUAAAUUCUGCAAGUGUAUUGAAAUCCUGGGACACAAUUAAAGGCUUGCAGCCCU